UGUAUAUAAAGGCCAGAUCAUUCUUCCAACCACUACCUAAAGCAACUCUAUCACAACACAGGAGCGGACAGUCCAAAUGGCAUCUGCUGUUACGGCCACUCCCGAGAGAGUUUGUAGCUUCGAGCCAUCGGUGUGGGAUGACUUCUUCAUACAUUACGAGCCACAACCACUCAAGACAUCCGAAGAUUGCUUGAGGGCGAAGGCUCAAAAACUUCAGGAGGACGUACAGAUGUUGUUUCAGACAUUUACCAGUGUUGUGCAAAAAAUGAACUUGAUCGACACACUCCAACGUCUCGGAAUUGAUCACCUGUUUGAAGAUCAGAUCAACACAACGAUGAAUGAAAUCCACAAGAAGGAAUUCGACAGUUGUAGCCUAUAUGAUGUUGCUCUUCGCUUCCGCUUGCUUCGAGAGCGUGGCCUUUGGGUGUCUCCAGAUGUAUUCAGUAAGUUCAAGGGCAAAGAUGGGAGAUUGAACAGGGAUAUAAUUAGUGAACCAAUGGGAUUAUUGAGUUUAUACAACGCAGCUUACCUAUCGAUCCCUGGUGAAUCGGAACUCGAUGAAGCCAUCGUUUUCGCACGCCAUCAUCUCGAAUCCAUGAGGGGCAGCAUUAAUUACCCUUUUUCUGAACAAGUCAAACGGAACCUUGAGAUACCACUACCAAGGACUUUGAAGAGGCUUGAUGCGCCAUAUUACAUUGCAGAGUACCAACAAGAGAAAGCAUACAACCCGUCUAUAUUGGAACUUGCAAAGCUCGACUUUAAUCUUCUGCAGCGGCUUCACCAAGAGGAACUUAAGGCUUUCUGCCGGUGGGGAAGUGAUCUAUAUGAAGAAGUGAGACUAACCUACUCUCGGCAUCGUAUUGUUGAAUGCUAUUUCUGGUCCUAUACGGAGUACUAUGAACGACAUUAUGGAGAUGCAAGAAUAAUCCUUGCCAAGUUACUUGUUCUGGCAACCCUAUUAGAUGACACUUUCGAUAUGCAUGCUACAUUAGAAGAGGGCCGAAAGCUCAAUGAAGCAAUACAAAGAUGGGAUGAGAGUGCUAUUCCUCUUUUACCAGAGUACUUGAAAAGGUACUUUGUAAGGUUGAUGAAUACUUUCAAAGAGUUUGAGGAUGAAGUGAAGCCAGAUCACAAGUACCGUGUUGCUUACAGUACCAAAGCGUUCCAAAAUUUGUGCAAGCACUAUCAACAGGAAUCUGAAUGGUUUCAUAGCAGUCACAUACCAAGUUUUGAAGAUCACGUCAAAUGCUCGAUCAUCUCCGCUGGUACUCCGACACUAUUUGUCGGUUCACUUGUGGGUAUGGGUGACGAAGCAUCAAAGGAAGCAUUCGAGUGGGCCAUCGGUUGUACCGAUGCUGUAAGGGCUUGUGCUGAGGUGGCACGUUUCAUGGAUGACUUGGCUUCGUUUAAGCAUGGGAAGAACAAAUUUGAUGUGGCUAGCUCCAUCGAAAGCUACAUCAACCAGCAUCAUUGCACGGAUGAGGUAGCUAUGGACGUGUUGGAUAAUCUGGUCGAAGAUGCAUGGAAAACUACCAAUCAGGCACGAUUUGACCGUGGUGCGCUGCUCCCGCUUGUGAACCGAGCUGCGAACUUCACCAAGAGCAUGACCUUGUUGUUCCGUAACAAAUGUGACCGCUACACAUUCAGUCGUGGCAACAAAGACAGGAUCCAGCAGCAGUUCGUACACCCUAUCCCCCUCUAGUUGGUCAACAUGCACACAUGGGAUCUCUCGGACACAUUAAAUUUAUGGAUAUGACCCUAAUUUCUAUGUAUUUUCAGUUUGCAAAUAAGCACACCUCGUAUUUAUGUUCUUGAAAUUUGUAACUUGGCUUGUACUUCCAAAUUCCAAAUAAGUACACAUGUAUGUACUUGUAUGAAUUGUUGUGAUAUCUUCCAUAUGCAUAUUUCAGGAUAUUGAAUGGCUGAAAUAAACUGAAUCUUUCUGGUAAAUUACUUGUAUGAAUAAUGUGUUGUUGGUGCA